CUCUCCCCAGCUUCGACUCUGUGACCGUCAGUUUCGCUUCCCGUUCACGAUCCAUUUUCCUCCCUAGCCAUCCACCACAGCAUCCUCCUUUGAACCCUUUUACUCUACCCAGGUCUUUCCUGCCUGUUGCUCUCGUCCGGUGUUCUGCCCCGGGUCAUCCGGACUAGACUUGAUCACUGCUAUUGUCCCCAUUCACCACAGUUUGAACGACAUACCCGACGUGUUAGCCAAGUACAGCAAACACAGCCUGCUAUUGAUACCAAGCCUGAAUACCAACCCGAUACCCAACCCUUUCUAGGUUUCUUUCCAAUUCCACUACUCUACGCUACCUCACCUUUCUCCACGAUCCAUCUUUAUCCUAUACCGAUCGCCGCCUCCAUCGCCUGCUGUCGUGAUCCUAUCGCCAGCGCCUCAACCCAACAACCAGCCUUGACGUCCGGGAUUCCAAGAUAUCCCAGACUCAGGUCAAAGUCGCCGGGCUGCCAGGUAUUUGUCAGCUCGUGCCAUCUCAUCAAAUCGACAACAUAACCCAUCAACUCCACACAACUCAGCAAACAUGUCGAACCCUCGCAGGAGACCGGCGGGUGGAUUGACCCUCAAGACGAACAUGCUCCUACAAAAGGGAGCUACCUUCCACUCUCCCACUACUCCAGCCUCGGGGGAUUCUUCUGAGCGCGUCUUCGUCCCGCCGUCGCUCCCUCGCCGCUCCCACACCAACUUGGACGAUGUUAUCGACUCCCGCUGCCGCCGCGUUGCCUUAGCUUUGGAUGCGAUCGAGAGGCAAUUGGCCUCUUCAAAUGACACCUUUGCCUCGGCUAGUCGCAGUGACAAGUGCAUUCCCCCGCCACGUGGGCUGCUGGAAAGAAACUUGGAUUCGCCUAUCAUGCCCAAGGAGGUUGAGCCUGAGCGCCGGAUGCUCCGUCCACGGACACGCCGUUCAUCUCGGCACCACGAUUCAGACAGCGGUCUAGGAAGCUCGAUUGCUUCUACUUCCGAGAAGGAUGCCUCUUCCAAGGCCAAGACGACGAGGACUUCGGCUGUCGCCAGAUCCGCUACCGCCCGCGCAGCAUCGACACCUGAUCUUCCGGGCCUUGGGGACCGUGCUACCAACCGCAUCGUUGAAUACAUUUUGAAGCCUCUGCUUGCAAAGCCGAAUCUGAAAGAGUUUCACUCGCUUGUGCUUGAGUGUCCCAAAAAGAUCCAGGAGAAGGAGAUCUUGUGCCUAAGAGAUCUUGAGAAGACUUUGAUCCUCGUGGCUCCGGAGAGGACCAAAGCUGCAGGCUCAUACCUCGAUUUCUGUCUAACGACAAUCGACUGCCUCCAGGCAACUGUCCAGCACCUUGGCGACCGCGAGCUGACUCGCCCUCGCGAUCUCCCUUACACUAGCGGUUAUUUUGUUGAUCUCGUUGAUCAAUUCUAUAACUAUGCCCGGCAGAUCGCGGAAAGCAACAAGACCAAGGAAGGCGCCAAUGACAUGGAUAUUGAUCCCACUGAUCAAAUCAAGAUACACGGUGGCCCUCACAUCAACGGCAGGCUUUCGGAACUGGUCCGCGUGAAGAAGAACGGACAGGCCAUCUCCUUGGCUACUGGAUUGCCUGUGGACCUUUGUGAUAAGGCGCCAGAAACCCCGGUAAACUUCAAGCGCUCCCAGAGCGAGGAGGCCCUGGAUGAAGAGGAGGUUAUGCGCUCCAUGGCUCGCCGGAAGAAGAACGCCAGCCCUGAGGAGCUGGCGCCGAAGAGAUGCCGCGAGCCUGGUUGCAACAAGGAGUUCAAGCGCCCUUGUGACCUGACCAAGCACGAGAAGACACAUUCUAGACCAUGGAAGUGCCCGGUCAAGACAUGCAAGUACCACGAGUACGGCUGGCCCACCGAGAAGGAAAUGGAUCGUCAUCACAACGACAAGCACUCCUCAGCCCCACCUAUGUACGAGUGCCUCUUCAAGCCUUGCCCCUACAAGUCCAAGCGCGAGUCCAACUGCAAGCAGCAUAUGGAAAAGGCCCAUGGCUGGACGUACGUUAGGACUAAAACCAAUGGCAAGAAGCCCAGUACGCUUCCCAGCUUGGGGCCCGAUUCCGGCCAUCCCACUCCCCAGCUGCAGAACAUUGGUACCCCUUCGAGCGACCGCAGUAUGAGCAUCGCCACUCCCUCCGAUGAUUGGAACGCUGGGCUGUACCAGACCAACAUUGAGUUCCCUGCAUAUGCUCCCGAGUUCAACUUCAACACCAUCCCGCAGCAGCUUGAGCUUGACUAUUCACCCAUUGACAACGGCACUCCAUCACCGGAUUCUGGCAUGGACCACAAUUCUGCGUAUCAAGAUCUCAACGAAUUCACGCUCAUUGAUGACAUCUACGGUGCGACUGUGCAACUGCCCAACCAAGUCAUUUCUCCCUUCUACCUCAAAGACAUGGGACAGCAUCUCGGCGCGUACACCGCGCCCGACCUUUGCCAGCCACAUCCCGCCCAUAUUUCCCCCAUUGGGCAAGGAAACACGAUGCUUUUCACGCCCCCUACUUCAUUGGGGGAAGUUGAUGAGGGCUUUGAGGAUCACGAUUUUGCCAUGAGUAACUGCAAUAAUGUCCCUGGAGACUUCAUUUUGUAUCCUCCAACCACUGACGCCUACUCAAAACCCACGUUCACUGAAUCACUUUUCGCGAACGUGGACAUCCCGAGCAUGGCUGCCGGCUAUUCCCAGCCAUCAUCUCAGGACAUCUUGCACGCCUAUCAAGGUGAUUGGACUUCGCAUGAUAUGAAUGCUUACUUCUAAAUCAGACAAGUUGGGGAGAACGCAAUUCACUGUAUCAUGAAGCUCUAUGCGCCCGACUGGACUCGGAGGUUCCUGGGCCCAUCCAUCCACAGAGUACAGGUUGGAACCUUGGGUGCACUGCUGAUACCAAAACUAAGAUGUAAAAGAGAAGAUGACGGUCAAUUCUACACAGUGGAUUACUGGAGGCGGGAUGGGGUAUGAUUUUAUCAGCGAGUUUGAAUGGGGUUUAGCGAUUUAAGGACCUGUGUCCUUCUGUGUUAUAUUAUGAUGUAAUGAAUGCGAGCCUACGGUUGAUCAAGUGAGAUUUGAGAGUGGCAGAUGCAAAAACGAAAUUGCGAAGGAAGGGCAGAGGUGUGUUUGUCUGUUAUGGUGUUAUAGUAUUUCUUUUAGGCAAACUCAGUCCCUCCUUCCCACUUGACACACUUUCACUGAUUGAGCCAAACCGUGUUGCGUGCUAGAAACACUACAUGGGUGGUAUUCGACCGUGAACUGCACUUAUAUCUUCAUAGUCUCUUCCAUAGCCAGGCAUUGAUGACAAAUGCGUUGCCUUUUUCUC